UUAGCAUGGAUCAACUCCAGGAAGGUAAAAUGGGCUACCAGAGUGCAGAACAUUCUGGCACUGACUAAGGUAUUGGCACUCAUCAUGAUCAUCACAAUUGGUAUCUACUAUCUGGUGUUGGACGCACGCACAACUUUGAUGAUGUCAUGGCUGGCACCAACUGGGAUCCUGCCUUAAUAGCCACAGCCUUUUAUCAAACAUUUUAUACCUACGGUGGCGGGGGAGGCACCAACGUGAUCUUAGAGGAAGUUAAAGAUCCAGUAAGGAACGUGCCGAGGGCCAUUGCUAUCUCGCUCAUCAGCGUCACAGUGAUCUAUGUCCUCACCAACAUCGCCUACUUCGCUGUGCUCACACCCAGCCAGAUGCUCUCCUCUGCUGCUGUGGCUGUAGUUUUUGGCAACCUAACUAUGGGUGUGAUGGCAUGGACAAUACCCUUCCUUGUGGCGUGUUCUACAAGUGGUUCUUCCAAUGGUGCCAUCUUUACCAACGCUAGGGUGCUGUUUGUUAGCUCGAGGCGCGGCCAGAUGCCCCGGAUGUUCUCCCAUCUCCACAUCCACAACCACACUCCUAUCCCUGCCCUCUUCUUUGUUGCUACCAUCACCAUGACGAUGUUCGUGACUUCAGACAUGAUAGUCCUCAUUAACUACUUCUCCUUUGCCAAUAAUCUGCUAAAACUGGGGAGCAUUGGAGCAUUCUUCUGGUUCCGCAUCAAGCAACCAGACCGUCACAGACCCAUCAAGGUGUGGAUCAUCUUCCCCAUAAUAUACUUCAUAGUUUCUGUGUUCGUGACGGUGCUUCCAGUGAUCCGUCAACCUCUGGAGGUGAUGAUGGCAGUGAUCAUCAUCAUCACAGGUCUUCCAGUCUAUUACUUCACCAUCCACAGACACAACAAACCACACAAGUUGCUUCACGUUAUGGACAAAGUGACGUACCUGUGUCAGCUGGUGUUCCUGACAGUGCCGGAGGAGAAGACUGUGUGAGGACAUGUCAGCUGGUGUUCCUGACAGUGCUGGAGGAGAAGACUGUGUGAGGACAUGUCAGCUGGUGUUCCUGACAGUGCUGGAGGAGAAGACUGUGUGAGGACAUGUCAGCUGGUGUUUCUGACAGUGCUGGAGGAGAAGACUGUGUGAGGACAUGUCAGCCACUACACAAAGUUUCAUUGUUACGCUGUGUAAACGGACAAAUUAUUACGCAGUAGCUUGACAUCUUGUGUUUAAUAAUUUUAACCUGGACCAAUUUCCAGUGGAUAUUAGAAUCUUUUUAACGUUACAAUGGUGUUUUUCACAGUCAGACUAGACGGUUACAGGAAUUUUCUAAACUACAACACACUACAUAGCACAUUGAUCCUGUAAGGCAAGGUUGUUGUGGGUAGCUUUCCAGGUAGCUCCCCACUUACCCGCUUGGGCAAGGUUGCUGUGGGUAGGUUCACAGGUAGCUCCCCACUUACCCGCCUGGGCAAGGUUGUUAUGGGUAGCUUCCCGGGUAGCCCCCAACUUACCCGCUUGGGCAAGGUUUUUUUAGUUUAAAAAAAAACUAGGCUUGACCUGGCACACAUUUCAUCAAGGUAUUCAAAACAAAUUUCAAUAUAUUUCUUAUAAUUUUUGUGAAAUGUUUGUGUACAUGCGUCUUGGCUGUUCCAGUGUGUGGCACUUGAUACUUGUGGUGGCAGUUCCUCCUCCCUCAACCAACCUUCAGGCAACUGAUGGGCCCUAAAAUACUCUGGCACUGCAAACAAUAUUAUCUAGCUUGAUUUGGGAGAUUUUUGUUAUUAAGAUUUAAGUAAUGCAAGUAUCACAGGUCACAUCCUGCUGCAGUACCUACUUUCUUCAGAUUUAUCCUUCUAACCACCAGGUUCCUCUCACUGUCAAGAAAGAACUUUAGGGCGAUUACUAAACCAAGCAAAGGAAGAAUGGGAGAUCCUAAGAAGGAAACAAUUGCUUUAUGAUCACGUAGCUUCAUUAUCUGAAAGACUCGAAGAAUCCAUCACUAAUGAUGGUGGAUAAACGAGGCACUAAUUAUAGUUAAAGGUUUACUGUUCGAUAAAUGAUGUAUUCAUGUAUUUAGUGUUCAUGUAUUAAUGUUCCUAUUACAACAAAAUAAUUUGAAACUUGGAUUUCCAGCAUUAUUGUCUACAAAUAAAUGAUAAAUAUGAAUGAAGAACAAUUGUAUGACAAGCAUACCUUCACCAUUAUUUAUAUCAAUAAAGGUCAAUACCUUCA